AAAACCUUGUUUAAGACAAAAACCCAGGUACCACUUUAAAAAAAACUGUGUUCUUGGGUACCACUCAGCCUUAUCUAACUCUAAUGUGAAUCGAGAGUUUACUUGUGUCAAAGUGACAGAUAAAACUUGCUUUGCUGACAUGACUCGUGACAAAGUAAAAAAGACACACCGUCCACAUCAUCAUCGGCCAAAAUAUCAUAUUUGCUGCUUCCAGUGUUCUCCCCUUCGUCCUCUUCAUCGCUGUCCAGGGAAUGUUUGCCUUUGAAUCUGGAGCCUGGUCCACUCCCGACCUCACAAGUCUGCUUCAGGAUACACAAAGAAACGAGGGAAAAAGAGUGAUGUAAAGAACGUCAAGUGUUUAAAUGAAGGUGUGGAAGACAUCAGCAUUGGCAGAGUACGUCCGAGGAGGAACCUUCUAUCUGAACAGCCUGAGUUCUACUUGUGAGCGCUAUGAAGAUCCACAAGAAGAUUGUGAGUAAUUUCCUGUCCUGCACGUCUCCAGUGGACAAGGAAGGAUUUCUCUUCAAGAAGAAGACUAAGAAGGACACCUACCAGCGCCGUUGGUUGGUCCUGAAGGCCAACCUGCUCUUCUACCAGGAGCGACCCGCGGACCGCCACCUGCUGGGGGUCAUCGUGCUGGAGGGCUGUGCGGUGCGGCGCUCCGACGCAGAUGGCCGCUGGUCCUUCUGCCUGCUCUUCCAGGGUCCCGGGCUGAAGAGCUACAGGUUUGCUGCGGGAGACGAGGACACUCUGGACGGUUGGGUGAGAGCCUUGCUUUUCGCCAGCCACUCUUAUCUGUCCCUCAUGCUCCGAGACCUGCACAGACAGUACCAAGAAGCCAAACAUGACCAGAGUUCUGGUGGGUCACCUACAAGGGCCCUAAACCAGGACCCAGCUCAGCUAAACCAGCAAUGGUGGCUGCCAUCAACAUCAGUGGAUGGAGGGAAGAGCGCCGUGAUCACAGCAGCAAGUAAAAAGUGUCCCAUGAGAAACUCGUACGUCACACCUUUACACUCGCCAGCACCGCCGCACGCCGACUGGCCUUCGAUGGACUUCUGCAAACUGCACGACUACUUCGGCCAAGAGGUGAAGAAGGUUCGAGAAGAAUGGCUGAAGAGUCAGCAGGCGACUGCGGAGGAAGACUGUGAAGGAGAUCUUAUCGAUCUGCCGUGAAAGAAAAAGGAAGAGAGAUUAUGAGAAACUUGAUACUUUUCCAGUACUUUUGUGAAUUCAAAUUUGUCAAUUCAGGGGUGUCCAAACUUUUUCCACUGAAAAAUUAAAGAAUGCAGGGGCCAUUUUGAUAUUUUUAAUUUUCAAAACCAAUACAAUAUAUAUAUAUUUUUUAUACCCUCACUAAAAUCUCUAGAUCAACAUUCAUCGAUAUACAUUUUUUUGUUUUUUUUAUGUUUUAUGGCAUUUUUGUUAAAACCCAAUUUUUUAUGUCAAAAUCACGAAAUAUGCAGUAUUUUCCCCUGAAAAGAUUUCUAAGUGAAAUAUUUGAUGUGAAGUAAUUGGAGCCUCAAAUAGGUAAAUAAUUCAUAACGACAUUGAUUUUGAUUCAUUAUUUUUUUUAGCAAUGACUUGGUUUUUUUAAAGUCCCACUAAACUUCUUGGGGAUCCAAAAGGGCUCCACUCAUAAAAGUGUUAAAAAUAAGUCAUACUUUUUUUUUUAACCUUCAACACUCUUACGUCUCCACAUCAACUUCAGAUCAAUCCAUCAAUUAUAAUUUUUUUCAUAAUUUUUUCAUGUUUUUGCGUACCCUUUUUGUUAAAACAUUUUCAUAUGGCAAACUCACAAAAUAUGCAAAAUAUUCCCCCAAAAAAUAUUUAAAGUGGAAUAUUUCUUGUAAUGUAAUAGGAGCCUUGAAUAGGU